AUGGCAGUGACACACGCCCGAUGCCGUCGCGCCAUGAUGAUGCAAGGCACGCCGGUCGCCUGGGCCAGCGCCUGGGUCAGCCAGAGUCGAGCAGGCGAGAGCCCAGCAAAGCGACUGGUUGGUCAGACAGCGGCUGCAAACACUGACUUGCUCGUUGCCCCUGGGCUGCUUGGCCGGUGGCGCAGACGUGCAGCAGUAGGGCGGCCACUCGGUUGGCUUUGCGGAAACAUGACGAUGCGGAUGCGUAGCGAUUGCUUCCGAUGGCACACAAAAGGGCCGCUUCCUUGGCCCUCGCCGCCGCGCCUAGGCUCGGUGUCGCGAACUGCCCGCGGCGUUGACCGGCCGUUGACAAGCCCUGAGGCGACUCUGCCGCAGACGCGGCAAAGGCCAAAGGGCCAUCGACCGGCGGCGUCCGUGCCAAAGCGACGAAAGAACCGACCAGGCCGGACCCUGCCAGGGGACCUGGCGCCCUGGGAUCCUGGGCCCCCGGCCGGGCCAACAGGGCUGAUCUCCCGAGAAGAGGGGCGGCGCCAACCCCUGGAUUAUUGGAUCCUCGGAUCUUGGGUGAUCUCGAGAUGGCGGCUGGCUGGUAAUCGCCUCGUCCGGGCCGGGUGCGGCAGCCUUCAUGUCGUCCUCGCAAAGGCCUUGCUCCGUGCACGCGUCGUCCGUCCGGCUGCUCUAUGGCGGCCAGGAGUCACGAGCUUUUGCUCCGGACCGAGGGAUUCGUCGGCGGCUGGCCAGCAGGGAAGCAGCAGCGUCGACCGAACGCCGGCCCGGCACUUUGUGCUGCCGCGACGGAGGAUCAGCGUCGAUCGCGAGAGACAGGGCGCGGGCGAAGGAUUGCAGCAGGCCGGUCGUCAUGCUGCAACCGAGCGAGCACACACACACCCUCACGUGUAUGUACGUAAUGCCGUCCCGACCUCCAGCGCGAGGCCAUAUUCAUGGACAGGGGUUCGAGGUACCGACGCCGUGGCAUCUCGAUUCGGAUGUAAAGCAAGUGGAAGCGGACGCGGACGGUGGCUGUGGUUCGCAAGAACACGAGGCCAGACGAUGCCGUUUACGAAUGGUGUUGGCAGGACAGGAUCCGGGGGUGGUUUUCCAUAA